AUGGCUUCCAAGGAGCAAACCAUUGUUCUCAUCACCGGUGCAAAUGGAGGAAUCGGCUUCGAACUCACCGCCCAACUCUUGCACGACAGUAAAUACUUGAUCCUCCUCGGCAGCCGAUCUCUCGAAAAGGGCGAAGCCGCUGUGAAGCUUCUGCAGGAAAGAGGGCUGCCAGGGAAGGUGCAAGUAUUGCAAAUCGACGUCAACAGCGAAGCGAGCAUCACCAAUGCUCAAAAAGUAGUGGAAGAGAAAUACAGCCGCCUCGACGCCCUGAUCAACAACGCUGCCAUAACGAGUGAAGAACCCACCUCAGCUUCCCUUUCCUCACGCAUGACGGCUGCUUUCCAGACCAAUGUCACGGGCCCUACUGUCGUCGUGGAGACUUUUGCGCCGUUGCUGGAGAAGAGCGGGCGUAUGGGUAAGACACCACGGAUCAUCAACGUGACGAGUGGAGCUGGCAGUAUUGGGUGGAGGAGUGAUAGAACGAAUCCGCAUCAGGAGAUGAAAGCCCUACCGUAUCGUACGUCUAAAGCGGCAUUGAAUAUGCUCACGGCGUGUCAAGAUUACGAGUAUGGACCCAAGGGAUGGAAAGUGUUUUGUUUUUGCCCGGGUUUUACCGAGAGUAAUUUGGGGCCUAUGAACAAAGUGGAGCAUGGGGCGAAGCCUACGAGUGAGGGCGCGAAGCCCAUGGUUGCCAUCUUGGAGGGGAAGAGGGAUGAGGAGCAUGGGGGGUACUUGAAGGCGGAUGGAUGCUGGCCAUGGUAG